AUCUGAUUAGUUAUCAUCUGAAAGGCUAAACUGAUCCUGAAUCAGCACUUCUACACUGAGACUCUUUGUGAAUAGACUAUGGGCCCAGGUCUUUAUGUUGGGUAAAAAGGUCAUUCCCACACCAGCUGACUUUUUCUCUAUUUGUUUGCCAUCUCAAUCUGUAUCCUUGUCUCUCCAGCUGGCUCGGGACAUAGCAUGGCAACAUAUCGUACGACGCUUGUUGCCAAUUGGAAGUAUGGCAUGUGACUUGGCCUCAGUGCAGGUGAUACAGACAUAGAACAAACAGAGACCUUAACCUCCAUUUUAUUUGACUACCCAUUGACUUUAACCUCCCCCAUAGUUUCCAUAGAGCUGCACUCUGCUGACACUGCGUUGAAAUUAGAACAGGACUGACCGGUCAUAGAUUGAUAAAGUUACACUUCUGUUUCAGAUCUCGACAGAUCUGAUGUGUUCCUCUUAAACCAAACUAAACCCAGACUCUCUCUCAUACUGUAGGCAUUUUAGCUCUUUCCAACAGUAUCGUGCUGCUGACCCGAACCAUACUGUGCUGUCUUGGAUAUCUAGCCUACAUCCGACAGACCUGUUCAGUACCGCUUGGCUCGAUGCUGCUCAGGAGUGUGAAAAGCCCUUUUUGACUUGUCAUUCCAAGUGCUCCUGUUUACCACAGCAACUAUCUAUAUUUGGUCCAGUAGGAUCUUGUGAAUUGUAACAGCCUACAGACUUGUACUGCUGCUGACCAGUAGAUGGGGGUGUUGGAGAGGACAACCUGACCUUACCAACGACGUCUUAGGACACCGUCAGAAAGGGAUUACUGCAUUGUGUGCACUAAAAAACAAUGGGGUGAUGAGUAACAGAAAGCGACAUUAACGAGGAUUGGCUCACGCAGAUGGACCCGGUUCAGAAGGCGGUGAUUAACCAUACCUUUGGCGUUCCACUGGUGAAGACCAAGAGGCCCAUCAUCUCCUGUAACGUCUGCCAGAUACGCUUCAACUCUGAGAGCCAGGCAGAAGCCCACUACAAAGGCAACCGCCACGCCCGGAGAGUCAAAGGCAUCGAGACCUCCAAGAGUCGCCCCCAGGAGGGUGACAAGCCGGCCCCACCUGUCCCCCCCUCCCCGUCCGACCCCGGUGGACCCCAUACAGCCACCUCGGACAUCAGCGACCCCUGCAACGCAGACGAACCGCGCCCUCUGCGGUCACAGUUUAAUGGGGGACCUCUGCUGGCCCUGCCUCCCCUCUCCACCUCUCCCACCACCGACUCCCCCCUUGACCCCUCUGUGUGUCCCAUGAUGACCUCCCCCACCCUCACUCCUCCUCCUCUGCUCCCCCAAUCCUCUGACUCUCCCCUGAAUUUCGGCACCACCAACCCAGACCAGAGUGGUGGUCCAGUGGCCCUUGUUGCUCCCGGGGCCCCGGCCGGCCCAGAGACAGAAGAGGACAAAGCUAAGAAACUCCUCUACUGCUCACUCUGCAAAGUAGCCGUCAACUCCCUUUCACAGCUGGAGGCUCACAACAAAGGUACCAAACACAAAACUAUCCUGGAGGCUCGCAGUGGGCUGGGUCCCAUUAAGGCGUACCCUCGACUGGGCCCCAAACUCCCGGGGGAGCUGGGAGGGGGGCCGCUGGACCCCAACACUCAGGAACGCACCUUCCACUGUGAGAUUUGCAACGUGCGGGUCAACUCUGAACUGCAGCUCAAGCAGCACAUAUCUAGUCGAAGGCACCGGGACGGAGUGGCAGGGAAACCCAACCCACUUCUCAGCCGACACAAGAAGCACAGGGGAGCUGACCUCACGUCCUCUCUGACCUUCUCUAAGGAUCUCUCCAAAUGUUUGGGCGCUGGGCUCUUGCCCAGUCCCCUGGCGGUCGCCGCAGCGAUGGCCGCCGCCGCUUCCUCAAACCACCAAUUGGCUCAGCUUCGCGCCGCAGCGUCUUCCGUCCACCACCCCUCACAUCACCACCACCACCACCUAUUACAGGGCCCGCCUCUCAGCCACGCCAUCCUAAGACCCGCCCCUGGACCCAUGCGUACCUCCCACGGGCCAAUCCUCUUCUCUCCUUACUGACUCCACCCCCCUCCACCUCGGCCAGUCAGGAGCAGCCACUCCAAAAGCACACUGUGAAGAAAAUAAUCAACAUAAACGACAAACAGCAAUUGAUAGGUUAAACAAAUCAUCGGUGAACAAAUCAAACGUAAAAAACAUCUAGAGGAGUAGAAAAGAAAGGGAAGAGGGCACCCUGACCUGAAACUCUCCCUCCAUCUCAUAGACGUGUGACUGCGAGUGAUCGACUGAUGGAGAGAGAGAGCGAGAGAGAGAGAGAGAGAGAGAGAGUGAUAGGAGGAGCGAUACACAGUAUGCAUUGGAUAGACUCCCCUGUUCUCUCACCUCCCCACCCCCUCUCCCCCACACACUGUGAGAUCCAUCACUGCAUAUAGCGAUAGAACAAACUGAUGAGACUGAUUGCACACACACACACACACACACACACACACACACACACACACACACACACACACACACACACACACACACACACACACACACACACACACACACACACACACACACACACACACACACACACACACACACACACACACACACACACACACACACACACACACACACACACACGUCUACACACCCCUCCACUGCAGCUAACUAUUCCAGUGCAGUAUGUGCCGGGCCACACCAUAAGUAUGUAUUGUUUCCUCAUCAUUCUGGUCUAACGUGUACUUAAUGUACUAUUCACCUCCACCUCCUCAUAUGCACCUCCAAACCAAGAGAAUAUUGUUACUAUAGUAUGCCAGUACAGUAGGCUAGCUGCUUUUCAGUGGUCUUCUUCUUCGCUAUUAUAAACGUGUGUAGCCAUGUAUAAGUAUAGCAAUAUUCCACAAUACUGUAAAUUUCUCCUCCCGCUCUCGGGGGCACAAACGAAACAGGCAACCUUGUUCCUCAUUUGUGGUUGACCCCUAGGUUCUCUUCCUAUUGGUGGACCUAUAGGUCCUUGUUAGAGUAUUACUGUGGGUGACAACAGGAUUGUGAUGGUCACGUCUUGAUGUGUGAAGCGUGGGGGUGGGGCAGAGGAGAGAAGAGAACAGGACUGUAAAGGUGAUUGUGAAAAAAGGUGCUAUCUAGAACCUAAAAGGCUUCUUUGGCUGUCCCCGUAGGAGAACGCUUUGAGGAACCCUUUUUGGUUCCACGUAGAACAUUUUCCACAGAGGGUUCUACAUGGAACCCAAAAGAGUUCCUCUGGAACCAAAAAGGGUUCUCCUACGGGGACAGAGUGUAGGGUGAUUAUGGGGGAGAGAAAGGAGAGCGGGGUAAGAGAGGAGAGGGGAACAGGACUCUAUGGCACUUGUGGCAGGGCUAGGUGAGAGGACGACCAGCGUGGGUCACUGGAUAUCUAGACCCAGGGGCACUGUGGAGGAGGCGGAGACACGCUGGCGUUUGAAAAUAGAUUGUAACAACAAAGAUGGCUGCGGGGGGGGAGUGUGUCAACCACCAUAACGAUCACAGCUAAACCUCUCCUCAGGAUAGGAGAGCGCGAGAACAGAGAGAGAGGAGCUAGAGCAGAGGAGGCAUGCGCUGGUUCAUACUGCACCUUUAACACAGUAACCUGGAACCUUGCCAUAUACUCUAACUGGUAUUGCAGCAUCUACUACUCAUUGAGACCGCAAUGUCAUUCUUAGUCCUCAAAGUACAACAUGAGAGUCUGUUCUUGUUUGUGUGUGUCCCUGAGAGCGUGCGGAGAGAAUGAUUUGUGUAUCUGCGAUAAAGCACAGGAUUCCGUAUUCCAUCCACCUAUGCAACCCCCCCCCCCCCCCCCCCCCCCCCCCCCAUACAGUGUGGGUGGUGUGACCAGUGUACAGUAUCUCUACGUAGAGUAUCUCCCUGUAUGUCUCUCUGUCCUUCUCUCUGUGUGGGGCCUGUAGUUCUGGGGUCCGGAAGGGUCGGGGUCUUCUCUUAUGCAUCACUGGAUCGGCUUGGAUCGACCCCCCCCCCUCUCUCAUCCUCUUCCACCCGGAGGGUUGGUUUAAGGCUACAUAAGGGCAACAAUGGGACCGCCUACUUCCAAACGAUCUCUACCAGAUCCCCCGAGAGAGACAAAGAGCGAGAGCGACACAGCGAGAUGGAGGGAGAGAGAGAGAGAAGACACUGAACUUAAGUGACAACCACCCCGGAGCACUAGCACAACAAGGUCACACAUAGUGUAUUUAGGACAGGCCUGGGAAACCCUGCCCAGCCCUCUUUAUUUUUGACUUCCACGCCUUCCUGUCUUUAAAUGGAAAGCCAUGCAAUGCUAUGUGUAUUAUUUUACCAUGACUGAUCAAUGUUUUGUUCUGUUGUGUUUUGGGUUGGUUGGUUCAUUUUCAUAGUUACCUACACAAUUAUAGUAUAUGUGCAAAUAAUAAUAAAUAAAAAAAUACAAACAUUCUAUUUAGGAGGGAAUGGUUGGAGACGGGUGGAAGUGAGAAGGAUGGAAUAUUUAGGAGUUGGUAAGAUACCUGAUGCAGAGACUGAGCUGUCCACCUACAGUAGGCUAACUGAACUGAGACUUAGACGAAGAGAAGCCUGCCCUGUUGAACACUGCUAUAGCACUGGGCCGUGUUCACGGCGGCCACAAAACAGAGGAAAACUAGCCGAAACAGAACUGAACAGGGUGGUACUUCCUGAACUCGUCCAAUAAGAAACGCCUGCGUUCGUUUUUCUGUUGCGAAAAGUGCCCUAAUGAACACCACCCAAACGGAGAUGUACACUGCCCUUCCAGCGAGAAGCAAUGUGUUCUAAUGUCUUACCUUUGAUCGGAGAGUUAACUUGUUGUUGUUAAGCGUAAACAAUGUGUUGUACACUACAGGGUAAUGUACAGUGAACUCUGGGUCCUAGAUGUGCUUAAAUGCAUUUUGUCCUGGUCAGGUCACAUGGUCGAGCCACGUAGUCAGUGUAAAACUCCUGGUCCUAUGAAUGGGAAACGUGCCUGAUAAUAGGCCUUUUAUGUUCGUCCACAGAGGAGGUGACCUGCAGAGGGUACAGUAGAGAAGCCCAAUACUAAUGGACCCCUAGACCCUAUGCACUUGCAGCGAUCUCAGCGGAUUGGACACAACAAUGCCAUCUAGUCAAUCAGUCGGACAGAUUGCGCUACUACCAUAUGGCGUAUCUAAUCAUCUUAAGAUUUCUUCAAGUGCAUAGGUUGAAGGGUCUAGAGGUCGAUUUGGGACAGGGCCGGAAGAGGGACAAUAAAGAAGCGGUUUAGGGAGGGCCAUUAAUAUUAAAGGGGUCUAAUCCAACGGUAAUUAUGGCUGUGGUCCAAUUCUCUAACCUUCUACCCAAGUGUGCAAUCCUACACCCACCCUCAUGGAUUUAAAAUUGACUGGUGUAAGGAAUAUGGCGUAAAUCAUGCUUGCAAAAAUCCAAUCCAAUGAAAAAGUGUACACUUAUGGGUGAAAGAGAGAUAAUUGGAAAGCAGACAAUCUCUGCUUGGGGAACGGUACGUACACGCCAGGUAGCGACCUGGCAUUAAAGUUGAUCUGACAAGAUGUUUUCAUUUAGUUUGGACUUUUGUGUUUUUGUUGCGUUGUGUUUCAUUUUCGUGUGUGAGAAAUAAGGUUGAGUAUUGAGUAAUAAAUCCUGAUAUGACAGAAUAUAUGAUUAUAUCAAUGCCAUUAUGUAAGAGCUGACUCAGUCAGUUUAUCCACCAAUGUGCUCUUUUGGUUAACUUGAUCUUAAUCCUGAUCUUAAACUUGAUCUUGACUUGGUGGAGAUGAUUUCAUUUGUGGUGAAGUUAAAAAGUGUACUUGGAGUAGUGCUCUUGUUCAUGUUGGUGUGUAUCAUUAUGUCUACCUCCCAAAUGGUACACUAAGCCCAUCGCGCUCUGGUCAAAAGUAAUGCACUAUAAAUAGGGAAUAGGGUGCCAUUUCAGAUGCACCCUGUGUAAUAUUGUGUGUGUUGAGACCUGCUCUCCCCACUCCCCACCAAUCAGAGACCAGAGAAGCCAUGGCUGGAACAGAAGUGGCCUAUCACGAUACAGGAGACAAACCUUAACCCGCCCACGCAGGCACAGACGUUAGAGAUUCUUGAUAUAAGGUUGACAAAGCAUCAAACAUUAUUAACAACCAUGACCCAACCGAUCAGUUCAAAGUGUUUGAUUCUGUCGCUGUUAGAUCCAUGAAGUAGAAAUUCACAUAUAUGUUCAUAUCGUAGUCACCUCAAAUGGUACGUACAUCCUCAUGUAUUAUUCAAACUGUUGAACACAUUUUCUGAGCAGGUGUCCUGGUAGCUGUGUGUAGGCUCUUAGCCUUAUUCCAUCCUUAUUAAUCACCAGAGGCAGAGAAUGCUGCCCAAAUGCCACCCUAUUCACUCUGUACUGCCCUGGUCAAAAGUAGUGCACUUUAUAGGGAAUAGGGUGCCAUUUGGAAAACAUCCAGAGAAAGAUAAAGAUGGAGACACUUUGGUGAAACCGUGUCUUGCCAAUAAAGUAAUUUUUUUGAAUUUCAUUGUCAGAGGGGACAAGUAAGAGUUUGUAUGUCGAAUUGUAGCAAUACCCAACUCAUACUGGCUACUCUUGUUUAUUGCAAUAAUACAAAAAAUGAGCCAAUAAAAUACAUAUGUGAGUAAAAUAUUAUAAAUGUCAUUUUAAACAAAAAAAUAUACUUUAUGAAAAUGCUAUUGGUGUCUGUCGAGAGAAACUAAUGGUGAAAAAAAGAAAAUCAAUGUCAAUAAAUCAAUAAACUGAAGAAGGAAACCUC